ACAUGUAAAUACAUAAUAUAACAUCAAACAUUAAAAACCUGAACCUGGGAACUUUUGCAUGCAAAGCAGAAACUGUUGACUGUGGGCUACAUCACUUCUCUCCUUCCCUCCCUCUGUCCUAUGGUCAGGGAAAUACACCCAGAAAUGUUCAAUUCAGCCUUGAAAAUAGCUGUUUGCCUGUGGUGACUAGAAAGAGCCUCAAGGUGAGCAGACACAGUCAUUUUUGCAAGGCAUUUUGUUCUCUCUCACAUUUUCUGUGGCUAGUGUUUAUCAGAACAGGUCUCGAGAGACCAAAGUUUGAAAUCCCCACUUGGGCAUGAGGUGAGUUUGAGCCAUUCAUGUUCUCUCUCAGCCUAGCCUAUUUCAAAGGGCUGCUGAUGGGGAGGGCGAGGUGGUGCAGGCACCCAGAGCUGCUUAAAAUGAGGAUGAGACAAAAGCAAUGCAAAAAAUAAGAAUAAAUAAAUUAGCAGAGGUGUAAAUGUUGAUGUCCUCCUCCCCCAACUUGCAAUGUUCCUUUAGCAACCAACCCACCUCCUAACCCACACACAACGGCUUGUGAUGAGUGUUGACCUCAGAAUCCCACCUGCUCUCCUUUUCUCAGCUGCCUUGUGAUCAAUGACUCUUGUCACAUCUGAGGUUAGGUUUCUUUUUCCCCUUUCUGAACUGCGACAUCCUGUCUCUGGGAGACAGAUACAUGCGCACGCAGACACCAGCCCCAGUCGAGCAACACACGGACCCACCAGCUGACACGCUGACUUUCCUUCUCCUUCUGAAGGGUGUCUUCCCAGAGGGCGGCCAUGCUGAAAGCGAGCCCUGCGUCCUCUGUGCCUCUCCUCUUCCUCUUCCUCCUCUUCCUCAGCGUCUCCCCGCAAUGCCACAAGGCCACGGAGGAUGAAUGCCUGGAACACAAGGACUUCGUCCCUGGGCACAGCUUGGCCGGCGAGGGCAUCGACAUCACCACUCUGGAGAAGAAAGGGGCAAAGGUCCUGGAUAUGAACCAGUGGCAGAGGCCGGACGGGAGCUGCACCUUGUGCCAGAACUCCCUGCUGGAGGGGAAGCCGCUCCAGAGGCUCCCAGUGGCUGCCGUCGACUGGGAAGCCAAAACCUCGUGCCAAAGGAGCGUGCAUUCCUCUGUGCAGGAGUCUGGCAUCUCUCUGGUCCUGGCAGAAGGAUCCGAUGUGAAGAAUGACUGGAAGGCAGGGCUGGAGGUGGAGGUGAAGCCCCAGGCCCUGGCCCAGGUGGCGUUGGCAGGAUCCCGCUCCAAGAUGGCCGAAUUCAGCCGGGAGAAGAGCUCUCAGGACAAGUACAGUUUUGCGAGCCAUGAGGUCUCCUGCUCCCACUACAGCUUCCGCCUUGGGCAUCACUUGCCGCAGAGCAGCCAUUUCAAAUACGCCGUGAAGACCCUUCCCAAAAAGUACCAGCCUGACUCCCGGCUGGAAUACCGCCAGCUGAUCCAAACCUACGGGACCCAUUUCAUACAGCAGAUUCACUUGGGGGGCCGCGUGAGGGACGUGACGGCUGUGCGGGUGUGCGAGGCAACGCUGGACGGGGCGACCACGGACGAGGUCAAGGAUUGCCUCAGCCUGGAGGCCGCUGCCAGCCUCGGCAAAGUCAAGAUGGAGGCCGCCUUCCAGAAGUGUGAGGAGCUGAAGAAGAAGAGGAACUUCAAGGGCUCUUUCCACCAGACGUACAGCGAGCGGCAGACGGAGAUUGUGGGCGGGAACAGCCAGGCGGACGUGCUGUUCUGCGACGGGCAGAGCACAGAGCCCUUCAAGGACUGGCUGGAAAGCCUCAAAUCCAUCCCCGGCUUGAUCUCCUACUCCCUGAUGCCCAUCCACACCUUGGUGACCAAGGGGGACCCCAAGAGAGAGGGUUUGCGGCAGGCAGUAAGCGAGUACGUGAGAGAACGGGCGCUGUGGAGGAACUGCUCCCAGCCCUGCCCACCGGGGACGCGGCGCAGCGCCAGGGACACCUGCUCGUGCGUCUGCACCAGUGACGGCACCACCAACACUAUGUGCUGCUCGCGGGCGCGAGGCCUGGGCAAGCUGAAGGUGACGAUUGUGCGUGCCAGGAACUUGUGGGGAGACAACUGGUCACGGACUGACGCCUUCGUCAAGGUCUUCUACAACGGCAGGGAGAUGCGCACUCCCACCAUAUGGAACAACGACAACCCAGAAUGGAAGGUCCACUUGGAUGUGGGGAACAUCCAAGUCUUGGGGGAGACCAGCAAGUUGCGGGUACAGGUCUGGGACGAAGACAACAGAUGGGAUGACGACCUGCUGGGGUCGUGCGACGAACCCCUGCAAGCUGGGAAGCCGCAAAAUAAAAUAUGUUACCUUAAUCAUGGGAGCCUGGAAUUCCAAUACCACUUGGAGUGCGGUCCCUUUCUAGGAGGUCCCUACUGCUUGGAUUACGUCCCUCAGAAGCCGAACUAUGUAGGUGACUUGUUGCAAUGGAAUGGCUAAGUCGACCCCGUCAAGCAAAGGGCUCCUUGAGACGGGGGGCCCAAUGGAUUUCUCCCUCAAGCUUAGAGGACCCCGGUUUUUUAAUGUUCAAUGUUUUAUUAUGUUUUUGUAUAUGCUGGAAGCAACCCAGUCAGAUGGUAAAGGGUACAAAUAAUAAAUUUAUUAUU